CGGAGGUUGAUAUGUAUUGCCUAGCACUGCGGUGGCACGAUGAGUUUCUUGCAGACUGCGUUAGUCACGUGGUCAAAAAAUUCAGUCCUGAUUGGCAUCUAUACUGCAGCAUUCUUGGAUCUUCUUGGAGUUGGUGUCAUCAUCGCUCGCAUUCCACAGUAUCUAGAGUCUCUGCAAGCCAGUCACACGUUGAUUGGUGCUCAUGCUUCCUUGUACGGGAUCUUGCAGCUGUUUGCAAGCCCAGUUGUGGGAAGAAUAAGUGAUCUGUAUGGUCGACGACCGACUCUGCUUGUUGUUCUACUGUUUACAUCUCUUGGAUACUUGCUGUUUGCGUUAACUGAUACAAUAUGGAUAUUCUUUCUGUUUCGAAUUCCCACAGGGUUGAUGAAGCACAGCCUUACAACAGCUCGACUUUGUCUUACUGACAUCACCAAACAAGAGAAUCGGACCAUCAGAAUGGGAAGAUAUUCUGCUGUUGCCACGACUGGAUUUGCAAUCGGUCUGACAAUGGGUGGACAUAUAAUGGAUAGGUUUGGAUUCAAAGCGGUUGCUUGCACGACGUCUACCAUUUUCUUUCUCAACUUUAUUUUGUCGUGGUGGCUCAUUCAUCCCACCCGCAAUACACACUCGAAAACCUCUAAAAGGGUGGAUUUUGAUUGGUUACAAAUAAUUUCGUUUACAAGAUCGGAUGUUUGGUCAAAGAUAUCGCUCCUAAUGGUCCAGCGUUUCUUUCUCUUCAUCAGCAUGACGAUGCUUCAACGAAGCAAGUACCGUAUUCUACGAGGAAGAUUUGGAACGAGCCCAAUGGAUAUUAGCUACAUUGCAUCACUUCAAUGUCUCAUGUCUGUCAUUGCUGCAAUGUCACUAAAAGUGAUAUCACAAUUUUACUCUGACAACGCACAACUGAGACGUCAUGCUUGUGUUGUGAUUACCUUGUCUAUUGUCGGAUCACUUUUUGCUAAUCGUUUGUGGAUAUUUAUCAUAUUUCUAUUAGCAUUGGAUGCUAUGGCUCCUGUACAACGGGUCAUAGAAACACAAUUGUGUUUCAUUUGUACGGCUCCAGAAGAGAAAGGAGAAGUGUUAGGAGUAUGUCAAAGCGUAUGGGCAUUGACACGAAUAUUGGCACCUCAGAUAGCAGGAAUUUUGAUGGACUAUCAUUACAAUUUCCCACUAAUAAUCGCUUCGACCUUUGCCAUCAUCGGAACAAGCCACAUGUUCUUCCAUGCGACUUCGAAAUCAGAAGAAACAAAGAAAACAAACUAAAAUUUU